CAGAUCUUUUUGUAACACAAAGGUCUACUUUAUUAUACUUUUCCUAUGGUGAGAUUCUUCCUUUUUUAUGUAGUGAAGUAUGCUUGUGAAUUUAUGCUUUUAAUGUACCAUAUGCAUUGUCAAUUAAAUACCUGAGGCACAGCCCUGCAGUACUUACAUAGCAAGUUUUCUAUUUACCCUGUCCUAGAAAGUAUUUCCUCCUUUCUGUUACAAUCAUUACUAAAUAUAUACUGUAUGUAUCAAUUUCCAUCAAACAUAAUUUUUAAAAUAAAAAUUGGUGUCCUCUUUUGUUGUUGUUUUUGGCGGGGGAGAUGGGUAGGUUGAUUCACUCCCAAACAACAUCUCAUCCAUGGGUGUAGCAAAGGGGAAGCAGGGAGGGGCACCUGCCCCCCUAAAUCAAUAAAAAUACAUUGCAAACAGUAUGUCUUUGAAAACGCAAUAUUUGUCAGGAGGGGCAUGUUAAUGUUUUUGGCAGAGCUAUGCCAUGAGCUAUGAGCAUGAAUUUAAACACCUUUGCAGCAUGAUAAGGAAAAGAAGUAUUAACAUACCAGUGUCCGGAGCAGAUAAGAUACUCUGGGCGUGUAGUUUUUCUUUUUUUCCUGAAACUCUUCAUUUAGCACUAAAGCAGUACAUGUGUCAGAUGGUUCUAUGUUGGAAUUAAGCUCUUUUUCAUAUAUAUUUAUAAAUUAAGAAACUGCAAAUGGAGAGCUUAGAAAAGGACCAUUCCUAUUCUGAAAAUCCACAGCAGCCAGUGGUCGCAGCGGAGGACUAUGCAGUUCCAGAGGUUGCUGUCACGCGCCAUUUGAGAGACCGAGAGCUUCUCAGAAAAAGGAAAGCCGAGGCGGAAGAAAAAAACACUCACCAGUGGGUCCUGAGGGAGCAGAAGAGGAGCAAGCCAACAGGAAGGGGAAGAGGGGCCCGGAGAGGCAGGGGCAGGGGCAGAGGCCAGCAGCAGGCUCCAGAGCCACAGGAAGAACCUCAGCCAGAAACAGUGGUGGAGGAAGAAAAGCCUGAGCUACAGGUGACUAAACUGGAGGAGGCGGCCCAGAAGAGUCUAGAUCUCCCAGCGAAGUCUUCUAUCCCUUUUCUGGAAGCUGGAGAACUAUAUACUCAGAAGGAACUAGCGGAAGGAGUCCCCCUUGCGAGUGCUGCUGAGGAGCUGUGCACUCAGCAGGAAACAGCUGGUGCAACCCCAGCCGGAAGUGCUGUUUUCUCCAUGGAACCAGAGGAGACACCAAGAUCAGAAGAACCAGGAGAAAUUCCUCAGUCCGUGGAAAAUGAUCAUUUGGAACAAAAGUUCUAUGGCUUGCUUUAAUUGGCAGUAAUUUUUCACUGUUCAACUUGAAACACUGUUAGAAUACAUGAUACCUGUUAUUCUUGUGUGAGCAAUAAAAGCCAGCGGCCUUUGCUGCUGUCACCUUUCUGCAA